AAGUACAAGGAGCCCAAAUGUGAUGCCGAUAAUUAUGAUAGUCUGUAGAUCUAGGCCUACAUCGUAUUAUAAUAUUUAUUAAUCUAGAGCUUUAUCAUCUUAGUAGUCAUGCUGAGUAGUAACCUGCCACUGUAACUUUCUGGAUACCAAGAUGACAAGCAAGUGGACGCAGGAUAUUCAAUGGUCCCCGGUGCAUCCUGAUACCUUUUUCUCCCUGUCGGUUGGAACAAAUCAAGUGGAAUUCAACCAGUAUGCUGUGGAGUCACUCUCCAAUUAUGACAUAGCAGGACAUGGAUCUUCUAAACCAUCAGGUCGGCAGGUUUCUGAAACAGGAUUUGCACGCCUUCAAUUCUCCAAGUCGGAUCUCUUUACGAACAACAAAGACGAAGUUCAGAGAAUAAAAUGUUUUGCCUGUUACCCGAAGGCAGUACCAGAGAACCUGCUUGGUCUUGGUCUCUCUACAGGAAAGGUGUUGCUCACUUCGUUUGUAUCAGAUCCGCAGACAGAUCCUACUAAUCUCAUCGGAGCAGAAUUCCCUCCCAAGCAUUCCAGACUAUGUACCAGCCUGGCAUGGAAUGCUGUCGACUCAAAGUUGUUGGCUGUUAGUUUUGACAAGUACAGAACAGACUGCAGUCUAUCGAUCUAUGACAUCAAUGUGAGAGGCGGAGGUGGAGGAGGGCAAUCUAGGCCUUUGUCAGUUGGAAGUGAAAGAGAUACCAGAGGGGUAACAGAAUUAGUAUACAGUGAUGCCCUGCAUUCCAUGGCCUGGCUACUACACCAGCCCUGCAACCUCAUGGUGGGACAAGGUCAGAAGAAUCUAAGGCUCUAUGACAUCAGAGAUCCCUCAAAGCACAAAAGCAGUGCCAUCACCAAGGCAGUGUAUGGAAUCUCUGCAGACCCACUUUAUGAACAUCGGCUAGCCUCAUUCUUUGAAGACCAGACCAUGAUCUGGGAUCUGCGCCAUUUUGAAAAACCAGUACUCAGCUUCCGUGAAGCAAGGGGCGUGGUCAAGCUCGGGUGGAGUCCAACUCGAUACGGCACCUUAGCUUGUCUAACCAAGCAGAGCAAUGUCAUCAAACUCUACAACAUACAACAUGUUGGUCAAGAAGUGGAAUACACUGAAAAGCAUGUCAAACCCAACUAUCUAAACCAGCAUCAGGUAGCCAUCUUUGCUUGGCAUCCCAACCAGGAGAAUAGAAUGCUUGCUCUGUCACCAGGGGGCGCUAUGCAGGAUCUUACAAUCUAUGAUGCCAUAUCACUGGAUUGGUCUCCCCACUCUUCCUAUUCCGUAGCCUCAGGGAGGCAUCUUUUCUACUGUCUUCCAUCCUCUGAUUGCACUAUGGAAGAUGAGGAUAUAUCAAGUACCAUGAAGAGAAGGGCUUCUAAUGGCUACGGUAUGAAGACCGAGCCCCUAAGCCAGAAUGCAGCAUUAGCAGGCAAUGACUUGCAGGUCAACAAACUAUGGCAUUGGUUACACAGAAUAAAAUCCUUGCAGACGAUCAGCCGAUCCGCAUCGUCUUCAAAGUCCUCCUCGACGCCAUCAGGCAUGAUGGACUUCUGUGGGGUGAAACAGCUGAUGUGUAGGGAAGGCUCCGAGAACCAGGCAGGAGGACUGAGAAGCAAGCUAGACCCAAUGGCAUGGGAGGGAUUGGACGGAACGCUGGAGGCUAAUAUCUAUAGAAGCAAAGAAAGGUCCCAAGCACUCAGGUUAUGUGGAUGGGACUUUGAUAGUGAUCCUAAUGCCUUCAGGGAUUUCACACAGAGGUUAGAGUCUGAGGGAAACUAUGAGAGAGCAGCAGCUAUUUGUGUGUUCCAUCUGAAGAUGAGGCAAGCCAUUGAUAUCCUCAACAAAGGGGCUGAUGCUGCUAAAGAUGGCAAGCAUGACCUGCAUCCGGUUGCCAUGGCGCUGUCGGGAUUUACACCAGACAAGGACACCCUCUGGUGUUCAAUGUGCAGCGCUCUGUGUCGUCAGCUACGUAAUCCAUACCUCAGAGCAAUGUUUGGGUUCCUGACAACUAGCGAUGAUAAAUACGAGGCUGUCGUUAGAGAAUUGGAGAUCAGCAUUGAGGAUCGUGUGGCCUUUGCUUGCAUCUUCCUCAACGAUGUCCAGCUGGUGACCUUUGUGCAGGAGCUGACCUUGCAGGUCGUAACCGAUGGCAACCUUGCAGGUGUUCUCCUGACUGGACUCACCAAGGAUGGUGUGGAGCUCUUGCAGUCAUACGUUGACAGGACUGCUGAUGUACAGACAGCAAGUCUUGUGGCAGUGCAGGCUCUACCACCAGAGCUCUACAGGGAAGAGUUUGUGCAGCACUGGAUAGAAAGCUAUCGACAACUCUUAGAUACGUGGAGACUAUGGCAUGAAAGGGCCAAGUUUGAUUUGCUAUACCAGGCUCAUGCUAAAGAGAAAGUGUCCAAACAGAUCUACAUCAGCUGUCACUUCUGCCAGAGUCCUAUCUCACCUAGCGAGCUAGCUAAGGGAGGUAAGGCUGGCUACAUGGGAGGCUACGCAAGAGGAUUUCAGCAGAGAAGGUCGAAUACUUGUUACAAGUGCAGGAAGGCGCUGCCUCGCUGUGCUCUAUGCUUGAUGCACAUGGGUACCAGGUCUGGCGAGUCCAAACUCAGUCCACAACAGAGGAGUUACAAACCUUCCAGCAAGCAAGCAGCUUCAGUACAACCUAUGAUGAGACAGACUGAUUUUGGUGAAUGGUUUUCAUGGUGUCAGAGCUGUAGACAUGGAGGUCACGCUGAUCAUCUCACAGAAUGGUUCCGGACCCACAGUGAAUGCCCAGUCACAUCAUGUAUGUGCCGAUGUAUGCUUCUAGACUCCGUAGCAGCCGUCUCACCUUCAACAGAGAUUUCAGUCAAGUGACACAUCACAUGAUUUCAUUAUCAUGCUUAUGCCACCUUCCAGAGACCUCUUGGUCACGUGACUCACUUGUAUCACCUGAUUUGAGGUUUGGUACACCUUCCACAAAGCUGUUAGUCAUGUGAUCUAUCACAAGGUUUGGCUAUGCAGUCAGAUAACAAUAACAAUGAUAAUGUUUACCGAGGGAUGCCUCAUCAGCUUCAAUGCUGUUCUUCUUCUUCUUCUUUGGGUAAAGUCUACCUCCUUCACAGUUGAAGAUUCUUGCAGACUGAUGAGUGUGUGUGUGUGCUUACGAGAGCCAGGUGCAUGGUGCAAUGCUAUUCACAUGGUGCAAGUAAAAAGUUCCAGGACUUAGUAGCGGCCUCCUGAGGGCUCUGCAAUUAUUAUUACUACAGCAAGUGACAGGUAUCCAUUUACAUCUGGGUCUAGAGUGGCAAACGCGGAUUAACGUCUACUCUUGCUGAGCUGAGAUUCAAACCCUCAAGCCUUGGAUUGAGAGUCAAGUGAAAGAACCACUAUACCACUAUAUAGCACCUCCACUGUAAAUCUGCUUAUAUAGCGAGUUAGCAACCACCUUCAUGUAUAUAGAAAGACUACUUUCCUAUAAAGAUGAGACUAGGCGUUGUGGCGUGCGCCUGUAAUCCAGCUAACAGUGGAGGUUACAAACCGAUUCAGGCGAGGACGCAGGUCCAAAACUGAGUCACGCCUAUCGGAUGGUGACGUUUAAAGGUCGGUCCCCAGACGUAAAUAAUCAUAUCUGAUUGAUACACGUCUGUAAAAACCCAAUAUACACACACUCACAAUUGUUUGUUUCCCUUGGACAGUGUUUCUCUUUGAAAUACGUAUUGAACAGGUUAUCACGAUUCAUUUCCAGAGAUCAGCUGUUGGUCAUGUGACCUUUCACGUGAUCUAGACAAUCGUCACAGGUUUUAUCAACCAAAGUGAUUUGAAUGAAAAUUUCAUGAAUAUAGUGUUUGAUCCCAUUUCAAAUUGCUUUUCACAAAGCUCUCGCGAAUUCCUCCACUUUACACCACAAAACUUGUUCACCCUGUAUAUUUUUAUUUUCAAAGAUAUGCACAAAGAAAAAAAAUGGAAUUCAAAAUAAUGCACAUUUUGAAAAUUAAGUAUUAAUAACCACAUUCAACCCUGUCUCUUAUUUGUUGCAGUACAUCAGUGUCCAAAGUUUCUGUGCUGUACAUACACAUAGCUACAGUGCACAGUCCUUAGGACCAAGGAAAUUACCUUGUUAUAUCGGGAAUCUUUAUAUCAGGGUAAAAGCAAAAGAAUAUAAAGAGCAUGGACCAGCAAAAAACGCCUUGUUAUAACAGAUACCCUGUUUAAUAUCAGACCUCUUUAUACUGAGUUUCCACUGUAUUACAUUUGUUUAUACAUGUAUCAUCUUUAAAUUUUUCAAAAAGUUCUGUGUGAUUUUCUCUGAAUAUGGAUUUGUUCUGCAGUCAGAAAUUGGUUGGUAAAAAAAGCCAGCAACAAUGUCUUGAUUCACCUUUCAGAGAGCUUGACAUCAUGUGACCUUUCAUGGCCUUGUUGCAAAAAACUUACCAUUGAUGGUAACUUUGCCAUCAAUGGCAACUACCAUGGUAACAGGGCUCAACAGCCAAUCAAAAUCAAGGUUUCCAUGGUAGUUACUAUUGAUGGCAAAGUUACUAUCAAUGGUAAGUUUUGUGCAACGGGCCCAUAUCUUUUUUCAUCUGUUGAGCAGCUAAGAUGAUAUAUAUAAUAUCGGUCAUAGCUGCAGUAGUUGCAUGUAUGUUCAGUUUAUAUCCACAAUGGACCAUAGUCAUGUGAUGAUAACAUUCACGUCUCAGACUGUCAUGCAGUCUUAAUAUUGUCUUCCUUAGUAUGAUGUACAUGUAUCCCUGGACCAAGAAUAUUUUAUUGCCAAGCAAUACUCCUUUAAUCCCCAGCGCCAUCUAGGGAUACCAGUAUUUAGGCGAUUUCAUGUGAUGCAUUUUGGGGAAAAGUUGACAAAACUAUCAGCUUUGGCAUUCACUAGGAGAUAAAGGGUUUUCAUCAGAAUUUGUGGCUUGCCAGAAGGGGUUCUGUUAAUUGUGGAUUUACUCUAUGGAGGAAAACUCCUUCAAAUACAUUGCAUGUUUACAUUCUUUUUGUUGAAUUUGAGCAAACAAAAGAUAUUUCAUGGAAGUAGAAGAAAUGUGAGGGGUAGUUGAGUGAAUUUUACAGCAUUGUGAAUAAGCCCAGCGUGGAUUACAUGUACAUUUAUUGGAUUGUUAAGGCUCCCCAUAUCACAGCUGUCAACACCAUAA